AUGCAUCUUCUCACCUUUUUGACAAAUUUGCUUUUCCCCAUUCUCUCGUUUGCCUCUCCAGCUUUAUUAUCCUUCACACCCCGCGCGACUUUGACCCAAGUUACCUCCUUCGGCCUCAACCCAGCCUCCCUUCGAAUGUAUAUUUAUGUCCCAGACCAUCUCGCCACAACCCCAGCGGUAGUAGUAUCCCUGCACGGUGCCUCGGGAAACGCACAGCAACAAUUUCAGUCCACACCAUACGCGCGCCUUGCCGAGGAAUACGGGUUCGUUGUCGUAUACCCGGAGUCCACCCAAGGUGCGUGGGAUGCGACUUCGGCCAAAUCCCAGCUCCACGAGGGUGGAGGUGCGAGUCAGUCAAUUGCAAAUAUGGCGAAGUAUGUCCUGAACACGUAUAAGGGGGACUCCGGAAGGGUCUUUAACACCAUGGCAGGAGCCUACCCCGACGUCUUCAAGUCGGCAAUCAUUUACUCCGCCGGAUCCUCGGGUAACAUUCGAAGCAUGUUUCCAGGCUACACAGGUACUUACCCUGCAAUUCAACUAUACCUCGGGUCAGACGAUACAAUUAUCGGGUCGGCGAGCUUUAACACGACACUGGCCGCCUGGGCUUCGGUUCUUGACUAUGAUUCCACCCCUGAUCAGGUACAGAACAACACUCCGGUUGAUGACUGGACGACCUACGUGCUGGGGAGUAAGCUUGAGGGUAUAUGGGCAGAGGGCGUUGGUCACCCUGUUGCGGUGCAGGGGGAUGAGGAUAUGGAAUGGUGGGGGUUUACGCUCUGA